AUGCUCCAGCUCUCAGCUGAUACUGGGCUCAAGGUUUCGGUGGGGGUCUUCUUUCUGUGCUCCUUUUUUCUGCACGCGACCUACAACACAACCUUUGCCUUUGAUCGCCCGGUAAACACGGCUAUCUUGACCUGCUUUCUCACAGGAGCAGUUUUCUUGAUUUGUGGUCGCUUCAUUCCGUCGGUGUCGCGACCCUCGUCGCCAAUAUUGAAACGAUCUAGAAUUCCACUUGCCGACCAAUUUGAACUUGCAUCGCCAUCCUCGUCCCGCUCCUCACUUUCGCGCUCUUCUAUCUCAUCCCCAAUAUUGGCAUUUGAUGAACCAGCGCCGCCAGCUAGAUCCGGAUAUUGGUAUAAGCUCGGUCUCUUGUUGAGCAUCUGUGGUCUGCGAGUUGAAUUGUUCCGCCGAGUCAGCCUCAACAGCGAAUGUGUGCCAGCCGGAUAUUCGUAUGCCAUUCCAUUCAUUGUUUCCCUCUAUGACUAUUGGCGCUAUCGGCGAUUACAGCCGACGCAGGAAUAUGUUUCUUCCCACCGAUUUCAGAGCGUACCUAUCCAGGUGGCUGAGUCGGUCUAUCGGCGAUGCUUCUAUUAUAUGACGAAGAGCGGUCUCAGAGGCAUUAUCGCCGCUGCCUUGGUCUCUAUCGGCGGGUUCUCGGCCUCGUCAUUCUUGGCUGGGAGUCAAUCCACAUAUAUUUGCCCCAUCAUUCUGAAGACUGCAUUUUGGAUGCGAAUUAUUGGAUUGACCAGUCUGGUCUUUGACUCGCUCAUUUUAAUUGGAGUUGCUGAGCUAUUUGAAUUUGGUAGCGAAAGAAGUGAAACGCGGAGGCAUCGGCGAGCGCUCAUGUCUUUGGGAGCUGGCCUCCUCGUUAUUGCAUUUAUUUGGACAAUUAUCAGCAUAUUUGUUGAACAGAGCCGCCCUGAGCAUAGGGGCCAGCCGUUCUUAGACGCUAAGUACACACGAAGUGCUUUUGGCCAAGCCCUAUUGGCUCUGUUCUUUAUUCUAUCAGCUUGGCAAAUGUUGCCAACAUACGGUGUGUUGGGAAUUUCUAUUAUAGCAGGGUUCAUAUUUAUCUACUUCCCCGCCGUAUCGACCCUGCUUUUCCGGCAGUUGCCCUUCCCUUUUAUCUCCAUGGAUCACGCCGUUCUCCCCUUCGCAACAUCUACGGCAGGGGCAGUGCUCUUCCUCUUGGCUCGCAUAGUCUCACAGGAAGAGUCGAAGUCAUUGUAUCGUGCCAAUAUUACCUUGCAGGUUACGUUCAUUACCCUUUGCAGCAUCGGCCUCAUAUUCGCCUCGACCAAGCACCACUUCUCACAUACCCAUCCGAUCGACCUACUGGUUCACAAAGCGACGAUCCAAUUUGAUCGUUUUUCUGAACAAGCUGCCAAGAGCAGAUCUCUGGAAGAAGCUGUUUUCGAAUAUCGAAACCGGUACCAUCAGCAUCCACCUCCUGGUUUCGACAAGUGGUACGAGUAUGCCACGCACCGAUCAUCUGUGAUCAUCGACGAUUUUGAUGAACUUCACAAAAAUCUCCUUCCUUUUCGAUCUGUCCUGCCCCGAGAGCUGCGCGAAGCAACCCAGAAAUUAGCAACUAAUCCUUUCAACGACCUGGGGGGCAUAAGUAUUCGUGAUGGCAAGCCAAGGGUUCAGGAAGGAAUCAAGCCAACGCAUGCGUGGAUGGUUCAAGGCGCUGCUCAAAUGAUCGAAAAUUUCUCUGAGCAUCUACCAGAUAUGGAUCUUGUUUUCAACUUGAAUGAUGAGCCCCGCGUCGCAGUUCCGUGGGAAAGGAUAUGGCCACAUAAGCGCACGGCAAAGGAAAUGGAAUAUGAUUUCAAUCCUGAAUCAGAUGUGAUUAGCACUUGGUCUGUGAGCCGAAAGGAUGGCUGGGGACCCAUUGAGCCAGCUGACCAAACGAAUGAAACCGUUUUUACCGAUGGGGCUUGGCGGGGUGUUUUUGAUCCAUACGUGAGCGCCAUUUGUCCAGCUUCAUCCAAAGCACGCACACGUCGAGUCUGGAAUCGGCACGACAUUUGUUUGGACUGCACAGAUCCUCAUAGUAUGGGUCAAUUCCCAAAGCACUUUGAUGUUGCAACGGAUAUCUGUCACCAGCCUGAUCUCGCAUUCCUUCAUGGGCUUUUGAUCUCCCCUGCGUCUUUCAAGGUGUCUCAGGAGUUGGUGCCGAUUUUCAGUCAAAGCGCACUGAAAGGAUUCAACGACAUUCUUUUCCCCAGUCCCUGGAACUAUAUUGACAAAGUGAAGUAUGAGCCAACUCAUGAGCACCCUGAUCCGGAGUAUAAUGACAAAGACAACUCCCUGUACUGGAUUGGUGGCACGUCCGAAGGUAUGAGUCGCUUCGGAGAAUGGAAGGGGAUGCCACGACAGCGGUUCGCACAUCUGGUCAACAACAAUACCGAUAAUAAAGUUUCUGUACUCCUGGAAACUGGUCCAAGAUCUUACAAGUACGAGAUCAUGAAUGGAAACGAACCCUCAGAAAAGCUCGGUCUCCGUGCUGAUGUCCAUAUCGCCGAUCAAAUCACCCGCUGCGGGGACUGUGAUGAGCAACAAGAAGAAUUAGGCCUUAGUGAGAAGGUCGAUUUUCAAGAACACUGGUCCCAUCGAUUCCUCUUCGACCUUGAUGGUGCCGGUUUCAGCGGUCGAUUCCUGCCGUUCCUGCAGAGUCGCAGCGUACCAUUCAAGACCGGCCUUUUCCGUCAAUGGUUCGACUCGCGGAUGGUCUCGUGGUUCCAUUUUGUACCUAUCGACAUCCGUCUCCAUGGCUUCUGGAGCACGAUGGCUUAUUUUGCAGGCGUGUCAGGCCCUCUCACUGAUGACCAUGAUCCCCAUGCCAAUUCAAUGAGAAUGAAAGCCCAUGACGAGGACGGCCGGUGGAUUGCCGAGCAAGGGCGAAAGUGGGCUGGAAUUGCCCUCCGCAAAGAAGACAUGGAGAUCUAUUUCUUCCGCCUUCUACUCGAAUGGGGUCGUCUGACCGAUGAUCAAAGAGAAGAACUAGGUUUUAAACCAUGA